ACACACAGUAUCCCUCUUUCUUCCUCUUUCAAAUUCCCCAAUUUCUUGCAGAAAAUGCUCUAACAUUUUUCUCUCUCCUAUUUUUUUUAAAGCCUUUUCAACUUCUCAAGCACAAACUUAUCUCCCAUGGCGAGGCUUCUUCGCCACGCUUCUUCUUUGCGACGCUCUCUGUUUCAACCGGAGAGUUUCCAGAGAGAGAUAUUGGGAAUCUCUUCUUUUCAGUGUAGAGAUUUCUCUUCAAAAGGUGCUAAGUUAUUUCAAGUUUUUGUUUAUUGAAGUAUUGCCUAUAGGUCGGAAGAAAUCUAAAUCAGAGGCAAGUGACUCUAACGAGGAAGGCUUGUCACAGAAAGAGUUAGCUCUUCAACAAGCCUUAGACCAGAUAACGGCUUCAUUUGGAAAGGGAUCUAUAAUGUGGCUUGGUCGAUCUGUAACACCUAGAAAUGUCCCAGUGGUGUCUACUGGCUCAUUUUCUCUGGACAUAGCAUUAGGAAUUGGAGGAUUUCCUAAGGGGCGUGUGGUCGAGGUUUUUGGGCCAGAGGCGUCUGGGAAGACUACCCUAGCGCUACAUGUAAUUGCUGAAGCACAGAAGCAUGGAGGCUACUGCGCUUUCAUUGAUGCUGAGCAUGCUCUUGAUCCAUCUCUGGCUGAAGCUAUUGGUGUAAAUACUCAAAAUUUGCUUCUUUCACAGCCAGAUUGUGGUGAACAAGCUCUUAGCCUUGUGGAUACCCUCAUCCGAAGUGGUUCAGUUGAUGUUGUGGUGGUUGAUAGUGUUGCUGCCCUUGUGCCGAAAGGAGAACUUGAUGGUGAAAUGGGUGAUGCACACGUGGCUAUGCAAGCAAGAUUAAUGAGCCAAGCACUUCGAAAAUUAAGCCAUUCACUGUCUCAAUCAAAUUGUAUAUUGCUAUUUUUGAAUCAGGUGAGAGCAAAGAUUUCAACUUUUGGAUUUGGCGGUCCUACCGAAGUUACUUGUGGCGGUAAUGCUUUGAAGUUCUAUGCGUCAGUGCGUUUGAACAUCAGGAGAAUUGGAUUUGUCAAGAUAGGAGAAGAGACUAUCGGGAGUCAAGUCCUUGUGAAGGUCAUAAAGAAUAAGCAUGCACCUCCUUUUAGAACUGCUGAGUUCGAACUCGAAUUUGGCAAGGGCAUAUGCCGGGUCGCAGAGCUCAUAACCUUGGGUGUCAAGCACAAACUAAUUAAAAAGGCAGGCAGUCAUUAUAACUUCAAUGGCCACAAUCUCCACGGGAAAGAAGCACUUAAAAGGUAUCUCAAUGAGAAUGCAAGUGAAAGAGAAGAGCUGGCAACGACGCUUAGGGAAAAGCUACUAAGUUCAACGACGGAGGAGGCUGCAGAGGGAGGAGAGGUUGCAGAACCGUUGGAAGAAACAGUUUUGGCUGAUGAAACUGAAGAUACAACAGCCGCAGAAGCGUAGGAUCCUUUGAGGAAAUUCUUUUCAGAUGAUCUUCUACCUGUCAAGAAAAUUCAAGCAGCUUGUACUAGUUGCGAUCAAACAUGUGCAGGAGUUUGAAUAUGCAGAUGAUGAUCUUUACAUGUGAAGGAAUGAAUAUUAGUGCUCAAAACUGGGAUGGGAGAGUAGAGUUUUGGCGGAUCUCUGAUAAGGAAAGAGAUUCUAAGCUACGCCCCAACCACAUCAUGUAUUAUAGGAAGAGUAAAGAUCGCUGCAGUUUUGAAUUGUGUAUAUUUCACUAGUUUAAGUAAAGCUUGAUUUUGCUGGUUUACAAGAUCUGUGGAAAUCAUUCACAUUGUGGUCGUAGAAAAGUUCUUUCAUGUCUCAUGAUAUUGAAGAACUUUUAGGAUGGGAAUGAUCAAUCAAUUUGGUGUACUUGUGAAUGGCGGAUAUUUCAUGAGAUACCCUCGAGGUUUAAGUUUA